UGAAAAACGUAUUAUGAAUUACAAUCAAGAUUUAGCACAAUAUGGUGGCCAAUAUUUAUCACGUUUAUGGGAAACAAAAAUUUUAUCACCAGAAAAUAUGCAAAGUGGAAUGACUAAUGUUCAAGUACCAACAACAAAUUUUACAAUAUGUCAAAUGUUAGUCAAUGAAUUAUAUAAUACUUAUGAUACAAUGGUUAGUGGAGCUAGUAAUAUUGCUCCUGAACUUGGUGAUAUUCCAUGUUAUUUACGAUUAUCAGCACAGAUUUAUCAAGAGAAAAAUGAUUGGCAUGUAUUGGGUGCAUUGGUUACGAAAUUAUUAAAACAAUUUAAUAAUAAUGUACCAAAAGAAUAUGUUUCAAAAUUAUAA